AUGUUGGCGGCAUCCUAUCUAUUAUUUGAUGUGUUCGAAACUCGUGCGAACGAUAUGCAACAGGCAAAAUUCGAUAUGGAAAUUUUUGAAGGUAUGCAUAAAAUAAUCAAUGUUAACCGUAACCACUUAAUCGCACAUGUACAAGAUUUGAUGAUUUGUGUGAAAUCGAAUGAAACACACGUUUAUUGCAAUGCAGUGAACUAUUUGAUUCUGCUGCCGUAUAUCAGUCAUUGGCCCAAUUUACGAAUACAUUGUGUUCCACAGUCUGAGAUGUCAAAUGUGGAUAAUUUUGAGGAGCAGAAAAUGAUCACCUUUAGACGCAUCACUGAAAAUUGUAAGCGUAUUGCCAUAGCGUACAUGGAUUCGUAUGGAAACACACCUGAAAAAUUCACCAAAAUGUUAAUCGAGGAAUGGCCGAUUGUCCAAAGCUAUGCAUUCGAUAUUACCACCCAGUCUUCCAGGGAAUUUUUCACUCUUUCUCGAGAGAUAGUAAAUGUAUCUAGAGAAAUGCUGCAACUAACAACUCGCUUGGAUCCCGUAUUCAUUGAAACAAUGCUUGUUCGUUCCUUAUUGGCAUUCACUGGUACAUUAGAGACCGUAUACCGCCUUGUGGACGCUUACGUCGAAUCGAAAGACCAGUCUAACAAGGUGAAAUUAUUGGAGCCGUUGAUGAGCACCUACCUACAUCCGAAUAUGUUGGGCGGAGAAACGAAUCGGUACUCCAGCGGUUGA